AUGGCGUUGAUUCAACGUUAUUCAACUGAACUAGCGACCCAUGCUACCGUCAAUCGUCAAGUUCAGGACGAAAAACAAUCAAUUGAACAAGCUUUGCACAAUGUUUCGACGAUCAAACGACAAGAUGAAGAUGAGAAACGUUAUUUGCAUUCGCUGAAUGAUCGAUUAGAAGAUUUACUCCAUGGAUUAGAAGAUCUCGAGCGAGCCAAUGUGAAGCUGCGAGAUGAUUUGAAUGCAUUAAUCACAAAUUGGGGCAUCGGCGGGGAGAAUCGCGACAAAUUUCUAGAAGAACUCGAUGAAAUUAUUCGGCGUUUAGGCGAUCAAAAUCGCCGGAAAGUGAUUUUUCAAGCCGAAGCGAAAAUCUUCGAUGAACAAACCGAAGUAAUCGAUCGAGUUACCGUCGUGUUUAUCGAUAUAAUCAACUUAUAUCGUGAUAAAUGUUCUAUUUUGUUCGAUUUAACAAAUGAAUUGGAAGAAGAACUACGAAAAAUUCGUCUGCGACUCGAAAUCAGCAAUGCUCAAGUCAAAUCUCAUGACGAUGAUUAUAUAAAAGAGUUAACAAAAUUUCGCACGUAUUUAGCCGAAUGGUCGCAAUUAGAAUUAGAUAAACAAUAUCUCCUAAACGAAAUCCAAUCGUUGAAAGAACGGUACAAUCUACGUUUAGCGUAUAAUCAAGAGGAAAUCAACGAAUGGCAACGUUUAUUAAAUCGGAUUUCUCAAGAAUCGAAGAAUUACUAUCGAGAUUACCUAGAUACGAUAAAACAACAAAUUCAGAUGGAUUAUGAACAAAUGGCUAAAGAUCAACAGAUGGACAUUGAAGUUCAAUUAAAUACUCGUCUGAAAGAGAUUCAAGACAAAAUUCAUUUGGGUUUACCACUUGAUGAAAGCGAUGAACGACGACGUCGAGAAGAAACUCAACGUUUCGAAAGUCGACUGGAAGAAAGCACAAAACAAUACGAUCAAUUACAAAAUGAUUAUCGUUCACUGUCAGAAGAAAUGCAACGCAAACGGCGGAUGUUACAAGAUUUAGAAAAUGAAUUACGAAACAAAGCAAGAAAGAAUGCGGAGCAACAUGCGCGACUUGAACAUGAAACUGACCUAACACGUGCGGAGUAUCAGGCAUUGAAAGAUGAAUUAGAUAAACUAGCUUACACACUUCGAUUCAGUGUCGAGGAAGAAUUAAGAAUUUACGAAGCUUUGUUGAAUUCAUUAAAUCGUAGAAAGGAAAAUCAACCAGCUAUCGAUGAAACAACAAAGAAAACAACGACAACGACGACACAUUAUUUCGAUUCAAGUAGUACUGGAGGAAGUGCAUCCGAUUUUCGACGAUCACAACCGAAUCUAUCCGAAACAACACAUACAUAUACAGCUGAAUAUCGACCGACACCAUUAUUAAGAGAUACGACAACAACAACAAAGCAUUUUGUUGAUACACUGACCACGGGUGGAGAUUCGUUCGGAUUUCGACGUUCACAACCAAAUCUAUCUGGAGUAACGACAACCACAACAACAAUAAAACGACAGAAUGAAAUUACACCAAUACUUCGAGUUAGCGAAGUAGAAAAACCAAGUAGUCAUUGGACUUAUGAGACACUUUCAUCGGGUGAAACCUCGUCAAUUCAUGGUGAAAGUACCGAUCGAGAUCGUUCAACAGAACGGCCACUUCUCCCUGCUCGACCAGAUGCUGAUCUGUAUGGUAUUCAACAAAGUUCACUCGAUCAGAAUCGAACAACAACAACAACAACACGAACAACACGACGUUUCGGUCACGGAGCAACCGAACAAAGCACAAGUAACGUUCCCGAACUCGACGAGAAGUUUCUCAAAAGUAAAAUUCACAUCACACGAAAAUACAAAGGAAAUAUUCUAAUCAAAUUUGUCGAUGUCAGUGGUCGUUUUGUUGAAAUUGAAAAUACAGGUAAUCAACCACGAGAUUUAACUGGUUGGUACAUCGAACGAACAGUCGAUGAUCAACGUCUGGAAUAUACAUUCCCAAUUUAUGAACUUGGCCCACAUCAAAUCGUUCGAAUCUAUGGAAAUUAUCAUCGUCGAUCAUCAGCGAAUGCAAACGAUCCACAUUUGCAAUUAAUCGCACCGAAUUUUUACGAUUGGGGAAAUGGAAGACAAAUGCGCACAGAAUUGUUCAAUCGGGAUGACGUAGGCAAAGCAUUAUUCGAACAAACAAUAAAAGAUUAA